AUUCAAAGAACAAACUACAAAAAUAUAUAUUUUUGCUAAGCAGCUAAAACAGAAAAAUGUGUGACGAAAAAAAUACUUAAAAUCAGAUACGUUUGGAAAACAUAAAUAAAAAAAUCUCAAAAAAUAAAACAAAAGAAUAAAAUUUUAUAAAUUUAAUUUUCAUGCAAUAAAGCUGAGAAUCUUUUAGUUGUAUUGUUAAUUGCAAAUGAUCUCUAUUGGUUAAUACAAAAAACAAAACAAAAAAUAUCAUUAUUAGCAAGAAAAAAAAAACACAACUAAACAAACAAAUGAACGGUAUGGCUAACAUGUAAUUAAGCUGUUAAUGUGAUAUAAUACAGCUAGCCAAAGUAAAUAAUAAUCAACAACAAGCAAAACAACAACAUCAACAACAGCGGCAGCUACAAAAUCAAAUAAAAGCCACCAUCAAGAAGCAACACACAAUCAAACAACGCAUGAAAUUGCAUACACCAACUCACAUAUAUGACUAAAAUUUUAAUAAUGCCAUAAGACAACAACCAACAACAAUAAAAUUUCCCAAAAAAAAGCAUGCCAAACAUUUUAAAAAACCAAAAAAAAAUCAAAACUGUGAUUUUAUAUCAACACUUUUGUCUUGGAGCAAAAAAUUAAAAAAAUAAACAGGCCUCACAAAAAGCCAUCAUAAAAAUCUGCAAUAAAAAUGUUGAAACCAUAGAGAAAAAUAUCCAAAAAUACAUCAACGCCCGUACAAAAAUUUAGAAUAAUGCAAAAUUUAAUAAAACAAUAAAUCUCAAGUGCAGAGCCAAAUGAAAAAGAAAACAGAAUCUUAAAUAAAUAAAUGAAAUUACAACAAAAGCUAGCACAGCACAAAACUGUGCAAACAUUCGCACAAAAAGUGGCCAAAUAAAUCAAAUGCGAAAAAUCAUGACACCGCAUCAUGAUGAUGACCCACCCCAGCGACAGCCAAAAGAAUCUCAUCGGCAACAGCCACAGAUGCAGUUGUUAGCAGCUAAAAAUAAUCACUUGAGUGAUUGAAAUUCCAUUUGCAAAUAAAUUCCCCAACAGUAAAUAUCCCCAUUAGUGUGUGAGAAGUACGUGGAAGCGAAAGGACACUUGGAAACAAAGGCGACAACGAUAACGACACCGACACCGACGACGACCAGCAGACAAUUCAAAGAGUGGCGAACAGCUUUAGAAUGAAAUGGAUUUGCAACAACGGCUUGGUCUUGGACCGCCAACAACAUCAAAUACCACAAUCACACCAGCAGCGACGACGACGACGACAAUGUCAGCAGCAACAUCCUCAUCAGAAAAUGAACUCAUCAACCAAUCCAACGAUACCAACUUCGAAUCCUUAUAUCACACCCUUUGUCGCCGCGGUGCCAACAAUAAGGGCAUCACCCACAUAUGGUGUGAUGGGUCAAAGUCUUUGGCAGGCCAAAGGCCAGAAACCACUCAAUAUCACAAUCAUGUCAACACCGUUUUCGACCACACAUCCUCGGCGGGGGAGAGCGGUAAGGGGGAGGAGCCAUUGGCCCACACAUUCCAUUGCAUACUUGAAACAUUCGAAACUUCCUCCUCAUAUAGCUGCCUUAGUGCAACACCUGCACUGUCAACGACAUAUGCGAACACACACCAGCCACCCUCUGCCCCCGAGCAGCACCUGCAUCCACUAUUCUCCCCCUCGCCAUUCCCAUACCCCAGUAGCACGCCAACGACAUCAACACCACAGCAGACAUCAUCGUUUGUGCAGAGGUGUGUGCAGCAUUUAAAAGUUAUUGUCGAUGAUUUGCAACAACCGCUCGAAGAAUUCCAAAUGUCCUUUAGAUAUAGCCCGCGCGAACAUAGCCAUCAUCAGCAACUGUUCGAUGAUGUUGGUGAGACCAUGACAAGUAUUACCACGACAGCAACUACAACUGCAACAACUGAUAGUAUUAUUAAUGAUAGCAGCUAUAGUGAUGGGAAUCUUAGUAGCUCCCUAUGCCAGGGCACUGUGUACUGCGACAAAUCAUCUCUUUUCUCCUCCGCCUCUUCCUCCUCAACCACUUCGUCUCUUCUCGACGAAAGUCUAGCAAGGACGGCUGGCACGAUAAGCAAUAAUGUUCGCUGUUUCAUGUUCCACAACCUGCCCGAAAUUACCAAGGCCACUUUUAAGAGUUUCCAUGACAUAAUGCCUGGCUGGAGUGAGAGUUCCAUGCAAACUCUUUUCAACACCUCUUUUCAGAGCUAUGACAACACCAACACCACGUGGAGUGACAAUGGUAGUGGUGUUGCUGAGGAUUUGUGGCCUUGGAGUCUAUCCCUGCUCAAUUCCUCUGCACUGAAUUCAUCAUUGGCCACACUAACGGAAGCCACAAAUGACUCCAAUUGGAAUGGUAGUCCAAUGACCCCCAUUGCAGGCAAAGGAUUCGAUUGGAGUUUCCUCUUCGUUCUUUUCUUCAUUUUCGCCGGUGGCCUGGGCAAUAUUUUGGUGUGUUUGGCUGUGGCCCUUGACCGCCGCUUACAGAAUGUCACGAAUUACUUUCUAUUCUCGUUGGCCAUAGCUGAUCUAUUGGUUAGCCUGUUCGUAAUGCCUUUGGGAGCUAUUCCAGCAUUUUUGGGAUACUGGCCCUUGGGCUUUACGUGGUGCAACAUUUAUGUAACCUGCGACGUGAUGGCCUGUUCGUCCAGCAUACUGCACAUGUGUUUCAUCAGUUUGGGCCGCUACCUGGGCAUACGCAACCCAUUGGGCUCACGGCAUCGCUCCACCAAACGUUUAGCCGGCAUGAAAAUAGCCAUAGUCUGGCUGAUGGCCAUGAUUGUGUCCAGCUCCAUAACCGUAUUGGGUCUGGUCAAUGAGAAAAACAUCAUGCCUCAGCCCAAUGUUUGCGUUAUAAACAAUCGAGCCUUUUUCGUAUUUGGCUCACUGGUGGCAUUCUACAUACCCAUGGUCAUGAUGGUCAUCACGUACGCUCUCACCAUACCGCUGCUUCGAAAGAAAGCUCGCUUUGCUGCCGAGCAUCCGGAAAGCGAAUUAUUUCGUCGCUUGGGUGGCCGUUUCACAAUACGGCCGCAACACUCGCAGCAGCAAUUGCAAAUGCACAGUAGUUUUAGCAAUAAUUCUAGUUUUAGCAAAUACUGCAUUGGCGGCGCAGGCGGCAGUGGAGUCGGCAUGGGAGGCGCCAGUGAGUACGAGAAACAACCCACGGCUGCCCAUCGUUCCAAUUCGGCGAAUUUUUCGAAUGGCAAUAACAGCAAUUGCGGUGGCUCUGGUCCUCUGACGCCUACCGGUAACAGCACGUCCAAUAGCUGCCGGGCAAGUUUUCGCAGUGGAAUCUUGCGCCAUUCAUCUUCAUCAUCUUUUCGCAACAAGACGAGCAAUUUUAAAGUCAUGGUAUCAACAACGGCUGCCAGUGGCAGCGGCACGCUCAGUGGAGUUGGUGGGGGCAGUGGCAGCAACAGUUUCUCAAACAAUGAUAAACGACGCAUAUCACUCCAUCAUGCCCACCAAACAGCAUCCACACAUCAGGAUACUGCAAACUAUUGGCGUUCAUCGCAUGCUGGUAAUGCGAAUCUAAUGGAUAGCCAUCCAAAUAGACGUUCCUCGGUACGCAUUGCAAGUGGCAAUAAUCAAAGCAAUCAAUUGGAGUUCUGCACCAAAGGCAAUGGCAAGGGCGGCAAUACUCUAUCAACCGCAAUGCAACCAUUGCGCUUCUCAUUGCGACGAAAUCGUCGAGAGUGUGUGACAGACGAUGGCCCCGAAGAUAUGGCCAUUGCGACGAUUGGCAUGUCCAACAUUGGCAAUCAUCACUACCACCAGCAUCAGCAUCACCACCAACAGACUUCACAGCAUCCAUUCAAUGGCACAUGUGAGCAGGGCACUCAAACGCCAACUUCAAUUAGCCGCGAAACAAGGCGAAAUCGAAGACUGAAAGUAUUUCGUUUUAAUUUCAAUAAAGUUGCAACACCCGCCAUCAAUUUGCGCUUCCUCAACAAUCGCAAUAAACGCAACAGCCUGUCGGCCAAUGCUGUGGCCACAGAACAGAAGGCCACUAAAGUUUUGGGCUUGGUUUUCUUUACGUUCGUCCUGUGCUGGUCACCAUUCUUCAUAUUGAACAUCAUAUUUGCCGCCUGUCCCGAAUGCGAAGUGCCCGAGCAUGUGGUCAACACAUGUCUGUGGCUGGGCUAUGUGUCCUCCACCAUUAAUCCCAUCAUCUACACCAUCUUCAAUCGCACGUUCCGUGCUGCAUUUAUUCGCCUGCUCAAAUGCAAUUGCGAGAGAUCGGGUCGUCCCACACGCUACAGGUCGGUGACCGAAGGUCGCAGCGCUUUAAGCUUGUGCGCUCCUUCUGCCCUGCCACUGGCCAUAUCAUUCCAAGGAGCACCAUUGAUGGCAGCCACCACAUCGUCGUCGUCCAAUGCUAAUGUUACCACACCUUUGAGUGAUUUUCGUGGCAGCUACACCAUCACUGAUGACGAAUGUUGAUUAUACAUACUAACAUUAUUCGAAUCGCAAAUGUAAAUAAAAGCCUAACAUAUAAGACUCGUUCAUUCAUUUGGAGCAUAGGCAGGCACACAUGCAACAUGACAUACGAAGGCGGAUUUAAAAUCUGCCUUGAAAUAGAGUAGAGCUGGCAAACUAUCAAUAAUCGCAACAUUUGAUAUUUUUGAUAUUUCUAACAAUAAAUAUUGCAACUAUCGUUAA